AAUAUAAUUAUACUAUUACUAUUAAUGAAUUAUAUUAAUAUCAUUAUCUAGAUUUAGAAUCAGAAUGAAUAGAUCUAAAUCUAUAACUAGUAUUAAGUAUAAAUAGAUCCUUGAGUAGAUUUAGAAUUAGAUCUAGAUCUAGAAAUGCAAAUUAGCAAAUUCGGUAUUAAAAAAGACACCUGGCUGAAAUAUUAAGUCAAUUAGGAUUAUCAUUCUUAGGAUUAGGACUUCGACUAGCAGACUUAGCCAACUAUGUGGCAGGGAGACAAUCUGUUCCAGUUUUCAGUAGCAGCUCACCUCCGUCCACUCUAAGCCUCCACCUCUUGGCAUGAAGAUUCACGUUAACAACAUAUGUGACAAUGAAUGCAUUACUUAUCCGCUGCCGCUCUUGGUUGGGGAAAUUGAGGGCAACAACCAGGAUGGUGUACUCAUGGUGUCCACCUCUGGAGACCCAGACGGCGUCAUUGACUGGCCAGUUGUGGAAGGUGCUUUUAAAGUGUUAGUAAGACUGCAGCCUGGACAGAACAUAAUUUAUUUCAAUUAUGGACAAGACUCUCUGAUCUUCAGACUGACCUAUGAGGUGCCAGGGUUUACUCACAUUGUCAGGCCAGUCUACAUUAUCUGUGCUGAUGACAAUGGUCACUUUCAGGGCCCCGAAGAUGUUUCAUGCACACCCGAGUCUGCUGCCAGGAGGAUAACUCUCGGUGCCCAGAUUGUGCAAACAUUAACAGCAGAAAAGAUGAAUGAACAUGGCUUUGGUCGGGUCACUUUCCAGAUUGAGACAGACUCUGACCAUCAUCCAAUAUGUCAUCUCUUCCAUAGUAAACUGACACUUGAGGAGGCUUAUGCCAUGACUGGCUACCAGCUGUGGAACUACUUAGGUAAAGAGUUGAUGAUGUCACCCCUCUUCUCACACAAGUCUCGCUCCAAGUUUUACUGCUUCCUGUCCUUUACACGGUAUCAUUUACCUCACGAUGCCGAGAUCCCUAAAACACACAGUGACAUUUUGAGGCACACAAAAGGUCACACUGCUCUAGGAGGUGGAGGACUUGCUCUGUUUGGUACUGGCAACCUGCACACCUGGUCUGAACACCUAAGUACAUUCAAUGCCUGUAUGACCAAUAGAAAGCGGAUAGACAGGAGAAAGUUCAUGGAUGAUAGUGCUUACAGGGAGUAUUACUGGGCUAAUUAUGCCACUGGCCUAGGAGCAUCCCUCCAUGAAUUAGGACACACUUUUGAUUUGGCUCACACUCCAUCGGGUAUCAUGGCGCGAGGAUUUGAUGACCUACACAAGGUGUUUACUGUCCAGAGGAGACGCAAAGGAAGACAUCAUCAGCGGACCGAACGACGGCAGCGUUACAGUAGUGCAGGCAGCAGCAAUUCUGAAGUUUCCCGAACAUCUUCAACUAGCAGUAUUGAUGAAACAUCUUCUUUAGGCAGUAGCAGUGAAAGCAGUAGUGUAAGUAACACAAUCAGUGCUCUGACAGCUGUGCUCAAACGUCAAACAGAUAUCUGUUAUGGCAGUCCAAGUAAACAGUCACUGAUGCCCACGGAGAAAAGCUAUACAGCCCCGCCUCCUCUAGUGGUCAGCGUUGAAUCUGGCUUUAGGCAGCUUCCUCCUCCCACCACUCUCACCUUUUCUGUCAAACAUUAUGACGGCAGCGAGACCAGGCAGACAAUAACUGGCGGGGAGAUUAUCAAGUCUGCUAAAAUUGUCAAGGAUGUCAGCUGCAGAGCUUCCUCGUCUUCAACCAGCAGCGCUUCUUUGUCUCCAACUUCCUCAGCACCCUCUAUGUUGCCCAACUCACCAGAAGACCCAACCUCUUCCUCGGAUGUGACCUUAACCUCAGAAGUCACUGUUGUGGAUACAGGAGCUCAUUGGUACAGGUCAUCAGCUGUGGUCUUGUUAUUUCACAAAUGGUUUAAUAAAGCCAACCCUAAUGACCAAAAGAAGCCACCAACAUUACAAGGAACAAAGAUCAAAUCUUUGUCUGGACUUCGAGUCAUUGAGCUGCGUACUGACCCGGAGGGAGCAGUCUUUCACCACUGGGAGUUUCUGAGUCCAUCGCCACCAGUGGAAUUUGUCCUCCAGAAAAAUAACAUACCCAAUCUCCCUGACACAGGCACUGUAGCCUUAUUGGCUGAGGAUAACUACGGGAAUAUUUUAAAAAAGAAAAUCAAAGUUUCUGAUAUUGUUUUAGGGCAUAUUCAAUAAAAAUGUUGGACUGGAGGAGAUGUUUUUAUAAAUAUUAUAAAACGAUUGGAUUAGCAUUAGGUGAACAAAUGUAUUGCCUUCCAUCUGCUAGCAAAGAUAUAUUUAAAUGAAUUUAUUUUAUCAGCUACCAACAAAGGAAUUCAGUGCUUAUUAGAACAUUUACUAAUUAAGCUUUUUUUUUUUUUUUCAUUUCUGGCAAUCUACCUCAAUGUCAAAGAUGAGUCUGACUUCAAUGUCAAACAUUUUAGUGUUGUUGUUUUUUAUCGGUAACAUCCUUUAGUAACCAAGUACAUUUAUACAUCGUAAUGACUGACAAGAGAUCGAAAUGACAUGGCCUAGUUAGUACCAAUGUGUUGUGACUCGGACUUGUGAUCGAAUUAAUUUGAGCAAUGAACAUUCUUAUUUGAUUAAGAUUAUCAUUUCUGCAUGCCAUACCAACAACCAAAGCAUCAACAUAAGUGCAUAUCCAUUUUAUUGUAAUCUAUAACCUCUGCCUGUUGGAAUGAUGACCACCUUCCUUUAGUUAAUUCUCCAAUGUUUUCAUUUAAUUGUAAGAUCAAUCUUAAAGCAGUUAAGACCAAUAGGUCUAUCUUCAUUAACAUUUCAUGACCCAGCUAUCUCUGUACUGAAUAGUAUAAUGGGUUCAUUGUUGGGUCUUUUGUUUUUUUGUCUUUAUUUUGUGAUAAGUUUGGCAAGAAAGUUCAGUGAUAAGUUUGGCAAGAAAGUUCAAUGUCAACUAUGUUUGUCAAGGAGCACUUCAUUCAUCAUUGAUACUUUUCGAAUGGGCCAUGAGUACAAAGACUAAUAAAUUUAUGUUUUUGGGGCUAGGCUUAUCUUAGCAAAAUUUGUUAUAUUUCUUAGCUUACCAAAGAACUGUCCAUAGUUUCUAAGUAUCUUUCUUAUGCUUUCCUAAUGCAUGCUUUCCAUUCCUUUUUUUUAAGUUAAUGAAAACAGUGUGUAGCAAACUUCUCUAUUCCUUAUAGUAUCUUCAUUUAUAUAAAAAAAUACUCUGUUUUUUUCACAGUAUUCAAACUAUUGUUCCAGAUAUCCUUUGUAGAGCAUUUUACCAGCUACGCUGUGAAAUUUUUUUUUCCAGCUUUUUGAUUAUUUGGCACAUCAUCAGCCCAGAUCAGCAGUUUGAUAAUUGUGUCUUUUUAACAUUCAUUAGGAAUUCUUCUAUGUCCCACAUUUUCAGUGGAGAAAACUAAAAGAAAUUAAAAGCUUCAUAUAGAUCUGUAAAUCAAUGUAAAAGAUGGCUGUCUGGUCAUGUGGUAUGCACUCUGUACUGUUGUCUCUGGUUCUUGCUGGCUGCCAUCCUGUGGUAGGUUUGGACUAGGAUGUAAUCAUUCUCAAAUCUGAAGGCACUAAAUGUGUAAAACAAAAGUGUUUAGCAGCCAACAACUUGUCAGAAUAGUUUUAUUGACUAGAACAGUGGGACAUGAAGUACAUCAUAGUAAUCUUUUUUUCCUGAUUUACUUAGUAAAAUGAAGAGCUUUCACUUUUGUGUCCCAAAGAGUAAGUGAUAAGACUUGCACUCAACUUACAAAACUAUCAUCCCUGUAAAAACAAGAUAUCAGUUUCCUUUUAUUUGUUUAUUACUAAGAGUCACCAUGAAAGUAACCCCCAAGUAAAGUGUUACUGUCUUAGCACUCUAGAACGUAAAACCUUUGAAGUAAUGUAAGAAAUGUAACAGACACAUGAAAAACAACUAUAAUCUCAAUUAACUCCUCUUUAUUAGUUAAACAUUCUUCUUCUUCACUCGCAGCAUCCUGUUUCUGAUCCGUUUCCACACAGUCCUGACACACUUUCUUAGCUGUACAUUGAAGGUCAACUGGCCUUCUCAUACACAGUCACACAUUACUACUCAGAAACAAUCACACUUACUAUCACAUCUCCCUCCUGAAAAAGAUUCAGACAUUAAUUGACUAUACAAAUGAUUUAUCUCUCUCACUAUAAACAUAAAUUAGCUAACUGAAUAUAUGUUGAACACAACAGAAUUUAUAAUAUUAAUUAUUAAUAAUAGUAUCAAAAGUAACAAUAUAAUAUGUAGUAAAAACCAAGAGUUUAGGUUUACAAAUAGAGAAAUUAAUCCUAUCAACAUUGCAUAAUAAUAAAUAGAUAUUCAUGUAUCUAAAUAUCUACAUCAGGGUAGUGUACUGGUGGCCGAACUUACUGUUGGCGGUGGAUUGGUUGUAGUAAUCUAUUCAUGUUGCACUUUUUCUGGCUGUUUAGGUUGUAUAUUAAUGACUGUCUCUGGAGUGUCCAUUUAAAAAAUAUCAGGCAUAAGUCUUGAUCUUGAACAUGUGUCUCUUAACAUUCUAGUUCUUCUGUGUUUUACCCAGUAGCAUCUUGGGAUCUCUGCUUGUUGACCACUGCUGGUUUUCUAUAAAUUGCCAGGUUUCUUUUGCUCCCAGGCUAUAUCUGUGGUCACUCAGUGUGUCUCGCUGUUUUAUUAUAAUAUUUUUCUUGUUUUGCAAGCAUUUUUCACUUCUUUUUUGUCGGAGAAUUGAGGUCUGAGUUGUCAGAAGAGCAGUUGAAAGUCCAUCAGGGCAUGGAGCAUUUUGAAAGUGCAAGAGGCCCACAUAUGGGUCUUGACCCAACUUUCUAGCUCUAUUAAGAAGCUGUUUCACUGUUUGUAUGGCCCAUUCUGCCAUACCAUUAGAUUGUUGAUAUCUGGGGCAAGCUGUAAUGUGCUUAAAUCCCCAGCUUUUAGAGAAUUUGAGAAAUUCUUCACAAGCAAAUGAGGGUCCAUUGUCACUAAUUACUUCUCUUGGGAUACCAUGUUAAGCAAUUGUGAUUUCAUAUGCAUUGUCACAUCUGAAGCUUUAUCCAAUGUUAUUCUUAUCCCACCUCUGAUACCAUAUAAUAGACACACUAAAAACAACUAUAAUCUCAAUUAACACAUUUCUUAAUUAGUUUAUCCUUUCCUCCAGAGUCCUGUUGUUUUCUGACCCAUUUACACACAGUCCUGACACACUUUCUUAGCUGUUCACUCACCCAUGUGUAAUAAAGGUCAACUGCUCUUUCCAUACACAGUCACACGCAAUACACUACUACUGAAAACAGACACACUUACUAUCAGAAUGGGCCUCUGUUAAAUAACAGCUCAAUAUCUUGGUUGCUGGUACUCGAAGCAAUUUAUUCAAGAUUUAUGCUUGACCCUUUUUGUUCAUAAUACCAAAUGUAUUUCAGUCUUCAAUGUAUGUACUCUUCUAAAAAUUAAAUGUGUAUUUAGACAAAAGUAACCUGACUUGUCUUUUGUAUGGCAACUAAUCCUAUAAAUAGCAAUAUCUCAAUGUUUUCUAUUGGUUAAGGUUUUAGUCAUUCAUGUUUCAUGUGUAGUCUGUGGUAGCUAGUGUCACAACUGACCUACUUGUUUCAGUGUAUUGAUUACCCCUCUCCUACAACCUAUGGAUGUUCCAGUUGUUGUCUUACUGUCUUGGUUUAAAAAACCCAUUUAUCUCAAGUAAUUUGGUUUGCAAGUUUUUGGAAGAGCACAUUUUUUUUUUUUUGUCGCUCUUCUUAAUUAUUGACCAAAUGUCUUUGUAAAUCAGCAGUUCAAUGAAAUUAUAACAAGAACAAGAAUUUAUGUAGCUUUGUUGACAAACAUACCUAAGCUCAACAUACUCGAAAAACAAUGGACAAAACAGAGGCGGGUAAUUUACAUAAAACAGAGGUUGGUAAUUUACAUGCAUGUAAUAAUCAAAAGAGGCACGAUGGCUUCUGAAGCGGGGGUCCCGGGUUUGAAUCCUGGCGAAGACUGGGAUUUUUAAUUUCAGGAUCUUUGGGAGCCUCUGAGUCCACCCAGCUCUAAUAGGUACCUGACACUAGUUGGGGAAAAGUAAAGGCGGUUGGUCAUUGUGCUGGCCACAUGACACUCUUGUUAACCUUAGGCCACAGAAACAGAUAACCAUUACAUCAUCUGCCCUGUAAGGUCUGUAAGGGGAACUUUACUUACUUUAAUAAUCAAAGCUUGUUUAAAAAUAAAUAUGUAAAAGCAGUUUAAUUAAGAUACAUUCUGAACAGGUAGUUCUUAAGUUUGUAUAGAAAAGCAGGAAACUAGUUGCAAUAGGAAUCCAUGGAAUGCAAGAAUCUUGUUUGACUAUUGUACUGUACUCAUCUAAAGUAUAUUGUUAUAAUACCAAUACAUGUAUAUGAAUUCUUGUUGUAUUUCUGGCAUUGGUUUCGAUGUACAUGUUUUUCCUGAAUGAAUUAUGUUUGAAUACAUUGUGAUACAGUUCAAGGCCAGUUGUAUGGUGUUGACUCCUGUCUGUCCUAAUCAUUUCAUAUUCAUCAUUGUUUUCAUCUAGCUGUCCACCAACACUCUGGGUUACUUCUGGUACAUUUACUAUGGGUUUUUUUUUAACUUGUAGGGCCUGUCUUUUGAAUUGUUUUAAUGUUCAAUUUGAAUCUCUUUUUGUAUCCAUUCAAGUCGGUAUGGUGUAAAAACCAAACAUUUAGUUCUGAUAAUUAACAAGUCAUAGAACAUAUUUGUCCCCAUCUCAUUUCAUAAAUUGUUGUAUAUAGUUCUAUCUUUACUAUCUGUGAUUUGUUUUUAUGUUCAAGACAAAUGUAUUUUUAACUCAAUUGUAUUUAGAGAUGUCUCCACUUGGGUAUCUGAGUAACUCUGACCUUAUGUUGUCUCAAACUCUGGCAUGAGUUUUAAACUGUAUUUUAGUUCUGUCACCCUAGUCAAUAUUAUUACCUCUACACUUUGUUAAGCACGUAACAAGUUUAAGAGUUUGAUAAAUCUUCACAAAACUUCAACACUGGUAUGCUAUCUUAGAAAGUCAAGUGAUGAAAAGUUCAUUUAGGCAAGCUUAAGACACAUUGAAAGGAAGAAAAAGAUUUUUUUUUGGUCUGUCUCGGUUGUCAACUCCUUCUUGCUUUGAACUUUGCCUGACAGGUCUGAACUUUUGAAGUACACUUGAUCAACUGUCUUCCAUGCAACUAACUCUUUAAAUUUAGAUUAUUGUUUCUAAUUAUAUUUCAGAUAAAACUUUUAGUAAAAAUUUUAAGCCAACGCUAAAGCAAAAUGUGAAGUUUUCUUGUUUUGAGUCCAAAGUUUUGAACACUGAAGAGACAUGUCUAACUUAGACUAGCCCAUAUGGUAUACAACAUAGUGGUCCAGACCACUUUAUACUAUUACAGUGUAAGGUACUAGUUUACUUUUACAUUUUAUUGUGUAGGCAAUUCUAUCAUGUAGCCUCUGCCAUAUGGUGAACAAUUUUAUUUUGUAGGCUACGCUCUAUUGCCCAUUGAGAAAGAUAAUGUAGAUCAUUUUCACUUUUCCUAUGAAAUAAAUGUGCUAUCACAUCUAAUAUGAAUCUUUCCAUUCGCAAGUUGCAAAACCUGUUGAUCAUAGUUAUAUAUUUAACCCUUCUAUUGAAUUUAAUAUGCACAAAGAUACACACCUUCAAUAAAUCUUAAAGAUUUCCAAGCAAUGAAAGCGACUAUUUUUAGAUCAAACUCUCCGAGUGUGCAAUAAAUGUUGAAGACUGUACAUUAUUUUGUGUAGGCUAGUUGUACAUUUAUUGUUUGUCAUUUGAUUGGUUAAAUAAAAUUCCCAUUAUUUUUGGACAUAAUGUUUUUCAAAGGAAAGUUUGAAUAUAGUGUGAGUUACCUAAGUAGGAGAUUGAAGUUCAUAGCAGAGCAUCUCUCUAUUUUACUAAGUCAAAGAGUGUGUUAAUCAAAGAGAUAAAUGUCUAUUUAUAUAUUGUGACUCUAUAGCAGCCUCCUGACGAUGGGAAAUGUUAUGAUAUUAUAUACAAGAUCAAAUUUUUAAUUUCUAUUUUUGUGAUGCUCAAAUAUAUAUUUACUACUUGUAGAGACAUUGGUGUAUAUUCUAUCUUGAUGGACUUUACAGUGAAAGCAAUUUAUCAGACGCGACGUGCUUCAAAAUAAUGGUACCAAAAGGGAAUGUUAUUUUGACAGUUCAAUGCUUUAAUAUCUGUUUAUUUUUGACCCAGCAAAAAAAAAAACACCAACAUUUCUAUGGUAUAAAAUUGCAGCUAGUUUCAAAUUAAAACAUUCAGUUCUGGUUAGGAAAAAAAAUACUGACAUGAUGAUCUAGUGAAUCGAUGCAUAAAAUGUUUCAAAAUGACUACUUGAUGUUGUGUGUUUACUUUAAGUCCCAAGAUCUCCACUACCAUAGUUUCUUUAGUGUUUUUACAACUUUUGGGUCAUUACUUGCUUUAUUGAUGGCAGCCUAUAUUUCCCUUCUGUGUUAAAAAAAGCCAGCUCUAUUUUAUGUAUGUCUUACUCCAUGUGAAGGUGACUAUAUAUAUAUAUAUAUAUUUGUCUAACUACUUGUAAAGGUGACUCUAUUUAUAUUUCAGCAAUUUGUGAUUAACUUAUUGUUUAAAAACUUAGAAUUAAAAGCAAAGUUUAAAUGUA